GGGCUUAAGGAGGCCCGGAGGUCUUCUUUGCUCCCAGGUGCCUCCUGGGGCCUCCCAGGGCGUCCCACCCCGCCUCCACUCCACCCCAGUUCACGCGCACUCGCCCCACCCCGGCGGCACGGCCGGACCUUGCCCGGGGUCUCUUGGUCCUCACUCGAAUAAUCCCAGCUGGGCCUACCCGGCCCCGCCCCUUUCCGGGCGGGGAGCCCUGCCCCGGAGGCUGUUCGAGGACGAGGGAUUAACAUAUUCAGACAUUCGGGGCCGACCGUCGACAGACGACGGACAGACGGAGGACAGGGCCUGAUGGCCGUUCCUGGUGAGCCCUGCACAGGGCCUGGGGUCUGGAACCAGACGGAGCCCGAGCCCACCAAUGCUCCCCUGCUGAACCUCUGCUUCCUGAGGACACUGGGGGUCUGGGUACCCCCCAUGUACCUCUGGAUCCUCGGUUCCAUCUACCUCGUCUACGUCCACCGCCACGACAGGGGCUACCUCCGGAUGUCUCCUCUCUUCAAGACCAAAAUGGGGCUCGGCUCCAUCCUGAUAGUCCUGGGGGUCUCCAGUGUGGCUGCCUCACUUUGGAAAAUCCAGCAGGGAACACCCCAGGCCCCGGAAUUCCUAAUUCACCCCACUGUCUGGCUCACCACCACAAGUUUUGCCCUGUUCAUUAUGCACGUGGAGAGGAAGAAGGGGGUCCAGGCUUCUGGGGUGCUGUUCGGGUACUGGCUGCUCUGCUGCCUCUCGUUGGUCCUGAGUGUGGCCCAGCAGGCCUUGCGAGGGGGCUUCCAGAAGGACCCCUUCCGCCACCUGUCCACCUACCUGGGUUUGACGCUAGUCCUGGUGCAGUUUGUGCUGUCCUGCCUGGCGGAUCAACCCCCUUUCUUUCCUAAAGACCCCCCGCAAACUAAUCCAUGUCCAGAGGCGGGGGCCUCCUUCCCCUCCAGGGUCAUGUUCUGGUGGGUUUCUGGGCUGGUCUGGAGAGGUUAUAAGAAGCCACUGGAACCCAAAGAUCUCUGGGCACUUGGAAAAGAAAACUCCUCAGAAGAACUUGUUUCCCAGCUCGAAAGGGCAUGGACAAGGAGCAGGGCCAGGUACACCCAGGCGGCGGCAUUUAGAUGGAAAGGAGGCAGCAGGGCAGAGGCCCAGGAGGCAGAGGCCUUCCUCCAGGAAGAAGGGAGCAAGAGGGGCCCCCUGCUGGCUGCCAUGUGGCGUGUGUACCGCUCUGCCUUCCUCCUGGGCACCCUCAGCCUGCUCAUUGGUGACAUCUUCAGGUUCACCGUACCCAAGCUCCUCAGCCUGUUCCUGGAGUUCAUUGGGGACCCCAAGGCACCCGUCUGGAAGGGCUACCUCCUGGUGGUGCUGAUGUUCCUCUGUGCCUGCCUGCAAACUCUGUUUGAGCAGCAGCACGUGUAUAGGCUGAAGCUCCUGCAGAUGCGGCUGCGGGCGGCCAUCAUCGGGCUGGUGAACAGAAAGGGGCAGCAGAUGGAGCAGAAGGACGCGCGGUCGCGGCUGUGCAGCGCCAUCCUCAGGAGUGCCCGGGUCAUCAAGUUCCACGGCUGGGAGGAGGCCUUCCUGGAGCGAGUGCUGCGCAUCCGCAGUCAGGAGCUGAGUGCGCUGCGGACCUCCAGCCUCCUCUUCUGUGUGUCCCUGGUGGCCUUCCACAUGUCCACGUUUCUGGUGGCUCUGGUGGUAUUCACGGUGCACACGCUGGUGGCCGAGGAGAACGCCAUGAGUGCAGAGAAAGCCUUCGUGAGCCUCACCGUGCUACACAUCCUCAACAAGGCCCAGGCCCUGCUGCCCUUCUCCAUCCACGCCGUCAUCCAGGCCCGGGUGUCCCUUGACCGCCUGGCGGCCUUCCUCUGCCUGGGAGAGGUGGACCCUGGUGCCGUGGACUUGUGUCUCUCCAGAUGCCCGGCCGGAGAGGACUGCAUCACCGUUUGUCGCGGCACCUUCGCCUGGUCCCCGGAGAGCCCGCCCUGCCUCCAGAGGAUCAGUCUCGCUGUGCCCCAGGGCUGUCUGCUGGCUGUCAUCGGUCCCGUGGGGGCCGGGAAAUCCUCCCUGCUGUCCGCCCUCCUAGGGGAGCUGUCCAAGGUGGAGGGGUCCGUGAGCACCAAGGGGCCCGUGGCCUACGUGCCCCAGGAGGCCUGGGUGCAGAAUGCCUCUGUGGUGGAGAACGUGUGCUUCCAGCAGGAGCUGGACCCACCGUGGCUGGACCGAGUUCUGGAGGCCUGUGCCCUGUGGCCGGAUGUGGACCGCAUGCCCAAAGGAGUCCACACCCAAGUCGGGGAGCAGGGCAUGAGUCUCUCGGGGGGCCAGAAACAACGACUGAGCCUGGCCCGGGCUGUGUACAGAAAGGCUGCCCUGUACCUGCUGGACGACCCCCUGGCAGCCCUGGAUGCCCGAGUCGGCCAGCACGUCUUUCACCAGGUCAUCGGGCCCAGCGGGCUGCUCCAGGGAACGACGCGGGUCCUGGUCACCCACGCGCUCCACCUCCUGCCCCAGGCCGACCAGAUCGUAGUGCUGGUGGAUGGGGCCAUCGCCGAAAUGGGCUCCUACCAGGACCUUCUGCACAGGAAGGGGGUCCUGGUAGACCUGCUCAGUCAGGCCCGAAAACCAGAAGACGGAGGAAAAAGAGAGAUGGACCCUCCUUCCUGCGCUGAGGACCCCACAGGCUCCCCAGGAGGCGAGAGGCCGGAGGGCAGACCCAAGAGGUCGGUCAGGUUAGUCCCUGAGGAGCACAGCACUUCAGAGGCCCAGAAAGCGGGUGCCUUCAAUGACCCUGAAGAGGCCCGCCGGCCAGCAGGAGGAGCCCGCGUGCCAUAUGGCAGGGUGAAGGGCGCCAUGUACCUGACUUACCUGCGGGCCGUGGGCGGCCCCCUCUGCCUCUAUGUGCUCUUCCUCUUCCUCUGCCAGCAAGUGGCCUCCUUCUGCCGCAGCUACUGGCUGAGCCUGUGGGCGGAUGACCCCGUGGUGGACGGGCGGCAGCCGCACGCGGCCCUGCGCGGCUGGGUCUUUGGGCUCCUCGGCUGUCUCCAAGCUGCUGGGCUGCUUGCCUCCAUGGCUGUGGUGUUCCUCGGCGGGGCCCGGGCCUCCAGCCUGCUCUUCCGCGGACUUCUGUGGGAUGUGGCACGGUCACCCGUCAGCUUCUUUGAGCAGACGCCGGUUGGGAACGUGCUGAACCGCUUCUCCAAGGAGACAGACAUGGUCGACGUGGACAUCCCAGACAAGCUCCGGUCCUUGCUGACCCACGCCUUCGGACUCCUGGAGGUCAUCCUGGUGGUGGCGGCGGCCACGCCAAUGGCCAUGCUGGCUGUUCUCCCACUGUUGAUCCUGUAUGCUGGAUUUCAGAGCCUCUACGUCGCCAGUUCAUGCCAGCUGCGGCGCCUCGAGUCAGCCUGCCACUCAGCCGUUUGCUCCCACGUGGCCGAGACAUUCCAGGGCAGCACAGUGGUCAGGGCCUUCCGGGCCCAGGGCUCCUUUGUGGCUCAGAGCAAUGCACACGUGGACGAGAGCCAGCGGGCCAGCUUCCCACGGCUGGUGGCUGACAGGUGGCUUGCUGCCAACCUGGAGUUCCUGGGGAACAGCCUGGUGUUGGCGGCGGCCACGUGCGCUGUGCUGAGUAGGGCCCACCUGAGUGCCAGCCUCGUGGGCUUCUCUGUCUCCACUGCCCUCCAGGUGACCCAGACACUGCAGUGGGCGGUCCGCACCUGGACAGAGCUGGAGAGCAGCGUCGUGUCCGUGGAGAGGAUGAAAGACUACGCCCAGACACCCAAGGAGGCUCCCUGGAAGCUGCCCACCUGCGCAGCCCAGCCGCCCUGGCCUCACGCAGGGCAGGUGGAGUUCCGGGACUUCGGGCUGCGGUACCGGCCUGAGCUCCCGCUGGCUGUGCGCGGUGUGUCUGUCAGGAUCCACGCCGGAGAGAAGGUGGGCAUUGUCGGGAGGACAGGCGCUGGGAAGUCCUCCCUGGCUGGGGGCCUGCUGCGGCUCCUGGAGGCAGCAGAGGGCGGGAUCUGGAUCGACGGAGUCCCCAUCGACCGCGUGGGGCUGCACACACUGAGGUCCCGGGUCGCCAUCAUCCCCCAGGACCCCAUCCUGUUCCCUGGCUCUCUGCGGAUGAACCUGGACCUGCUGCAGCAGCACUCCGACGAGGCCAUCUGGGCGGCCCUGGAGACAGUGGAGCUCAAAGCCCUCGUGGCCAGCCUGCCUGGGCAGCUGCAGUACCAGUGUGCUGACCAGGGAGAUGGCUUGAGUGUGGGCCAGAAGCAGCUCCUGUGCCUGGCGCGGACCCUGCUGCGGGACACCCGGAUCCUCAUCCUGGACGAGGCCACAGCGGCGGUGGACCCGGGCACAGAGCGCCGCAUCCAGGCGGCCCUCGGGAGCUGGUUUUCCCAGUGCACCGUGCUCCUCAUCACCCACCGCCUGCAGUCGGUGCUGGGCUGCGCCAGGGUGCUGGUCAUGGACAAGGGGCAGGUGGCAGAGAGUGGCAGCCCAGCCCAGCUGCUGGCCCAGAAGGGCCUGUUCUACAGGCUGGCCCAGGAGUCAGGUCUGGUCUGAGUCAGCACUCCCCCUCAACCUUGGGACGAAGACACACAGAAGUGGCAGGUCACCACGGAGCCUCAGGCCUGGAGGCACCCAGCAGAGCCAGCUCUGGAAGCAGCUCCCAGCCCUGGGGCUCCCAUGGGGAGCUCAAAAUAGACCCACGCCCAGACCCCAUGCCAACACACUGCACCAGCCUCCCUGGCAUAGCGGGCCAGGGCCUUUCUUCUGAGCUAUGACUGUUCAUGCACAAUGGUGAGAGACAGUGCAAGAGCCUGCACCCCUUUGUCCAGUUCCCCCCAAACACCAGGCGACUGACCUUCCUCUGA